UCUCUUUCCCGCUCUCCCUCUCCUUGGAGGAAUUGACGAAGGAAAAGAUUAGGAAAGGAAAAUAAAAACCAGAAAGAAAAAUCUACAAAUUUCCAUUUUUAGAGAGUUUAGAAAACCCUAGUGAUCCUGUGCUCUUCUUCGGCUGUUCGCUCAUCGGUAGACUGCCUCCGAUUUCUGUUCUCCUAUCUAUCCAAUUUAUUUUGUUUCCGCCGGUAUUUUUUCGGUCUCGAAUCGACGAUGAAAACUCCAGUUACGGCACCGGCGACUGUUGCUACAGUUCAAACGGCGGCGAUUCCUCCGACUGACUCUGUCGCCACUGGAGGCGGAUUCUUGAAUUCUUCAUUGUAUGUUGGCGAUCUGGACCCGACUGUGAACGAGGGACAGCUUUUGGAACUGUUUAGCCAAGUGGCUCAGGUUGUCUCCAUUAGGGUUUGCAGGGAUCAGACACGCAGGCGAUCGCUUGGAUACGCUUAUGUUAAUUUCAGCAAUCAUCAGGAAGCUUCCAGCGCCUUGGAACAUUUGAAUUUCACCCUCAUUAAUGGGAAGCCUAUCAGGAUUAUGAUGUCGAAUCGAAAUCCUAGCAUCCGAAAAAGUGGCCAAGCAAAUGUUUUCAUCAAAAAUCUGGACGCAUCAAUUGAUAACAAGGCAUUGUAUGAUACAUUUGCUACCUUCGGUACUAUUCUUUCGUGUAAAGUUGCCAUUGAUAGCAAUGGUCAAUCAAAAGGGUAUGGAUUUGUGCAAUUUGAAAAUGAGGAAGCUGCAAACAUUGCUAUAGUUAGAUUGAAUGGCAUGCUGCUCAAUGAUAAGCAAGUUUUUGUUGGACAUUUUAUUCGACGUCAGGAAAGGAUUCAGGCAAAUGGAUCGACAGUUACUAAUGUUUAUGUGAAGAAUUUACUGGAAACUACCACAGCUGAUGACCUAAAAAAUCUUUUUGCUACACAUGGUGCCAUUACUAGUGCAGCUGUCAUGACAGAUUCGAACAGGAAGUCCAAAUGUUUUGGCUUUGUGAAUUUCCAGAGCCCAGACUCUGCUGCUGCUGCAGUUGAAACGUUGAAUGGUACCGUCCUUGGUGAUGACAAGGUUCUGUAUGUAGCCAGGGCUCAGAAGAAAGCAGAAAGGGAGGCCGAGUUGAAAGCAAAAUUUGUACAGGAACGAAAGAGUAGAUUUGAAAAAUUACAAGGUGCUAAUUUGUAUAUAAAAAACCUUGAUGACCAAAUUGAUGAUGAGAAGCUCAAAGAGUUAUUCUCUGAGUAUGGAACAAUCACAUCAUGCAAGGUUAUGCUUGACCAAAAUGGACUGAGCAAGGGAUCUGGUUUUGUAGCAUUUUCUUCACCAGAUGAAGCAACGAGAGCCUUGAAUGAAUUGAAUGGAAAAAUGAAGGGAAGGAAACCUCUGUAUGUGGCUGUUGCCCAGCACAAAGAAGAGAGAAAGGCUCGGCUCCAGGCUCAAUUUGCUCAAGCCAGAGCAGCUGGCGCAAUAUCGUCUUUGCCUUCAGGAAUUCCAGGGUUUCAUCCAGGUGCACCACGACUUGCACCUCAGCAGCUGUAUUAUGGUCAGGGAAAUCCCGGGCUGGUGCCCUCACAGCCUGCUGGAUACGGCUUCCAGCCUCAACUCAUGACCGGAAUGCGACCUGGUAUGGGUCCAAACUUCAUCAUGCCUUACCAGUUUCAGAGGCAAGGACAGCCCGGGCCACGUCCUGGGAUGAGGCGAGGUGGAAAUUCGCAACCAUUUAAUAAGCAGCAGCAGUCACUGCUCCGUGGCACUGGACAAGGUUUUAGUUACAUGAACAAUGUACGGAAUGGAUUAAAGCCACCCGUCCUGCCCCCUGUUCUGCCUCAAGCUCUUGUUGGUCCAGUGAUGCCUCUGACUUUUGAUACUUCUGGAGUGUCUAGCUCCCCCAUUGACAUCCAACGAUCAAGGGUUGUGCCUUCAUCAACACUCGCUUCUGCAUUAGCCUCUGCUUCACCCGAAAACCAACGUAUGAUGCUCGGCGAGCAGUUGUAUCCACUUGUGGAAUGUCUCGAGCCAGGUCAUGCAGCAAAGGUUACUGGAAUGUUGCUGGAAAUGGACCAACCAGAGGUCCUUCAUCUCAUCGAGUCACCAGAUGACUUGAAUAGUAAGGUGGCUGAGGCAAUGGAAGUCCUCCACAAAGCUUCCUUCGAACCCGAGCUAUCUGAUCAGCUCGGUGCAUUGGCCCUGGCCAAAUGAACAAAGACCGAAAAAGAGAGCACCGGUUCCCGGGUCAUCAAUUUUCCUUGUGUGGUUUGGGGUUUAUCCUUUCCUUUUCUUUUAAUCUUCCUUCCAUAACUCUCUAGGUUAUUGUCUAUUUUUUGCAGGGUCUUGACGGGCAGCUUUAUUUUAUUUAAUUCUAGUUUUGGAUGCUUUAGGAUUUUGUUUGAUAUUGUUCAACCUUUGAUGACAGAUUCCUUCCUUUUGGAUUUUUUAAACUAGGGUUUCAUAUGUUUGCUUUUGCUA